ACAAGAGACAGCACAUUUUCCAGGAUGGUUCCAAGAAAAGUGAUGGCCACCUUUCUGCUUCUGUACAUGGCAGCCAUGCUGGCUAAACAGAGUGAAGGGUACAUUGCCUUCUACAGUCGUGAGGACUUCAGAAGAAUGCAGGAGAAAGAGAAGAACCAAGCACAGAAAAAAUCCUUGACUUUGGAGGAGCAAUCAGACACAAGAGAUUUUCCUGACUUUUCCGAUGAUGAAGGACAGGUCAUCAAGCUGAUUGUUCCUGUAGAAAUCGGAAUACAUCUAAACCCCAGACAGCUGGGAAAAUACCAAGAUGUCCUGGAGGAAUUCCUAACAGAGAUGUUACCAGAUGCUCAGAAAGCCAAUUGAUGUUCUAAU